ACAUGAGUUAGUUAAUAAGAUGUUAGAAAGAUAGAAGAAAGAGAGAGAGAGCGUAGGUAGCAGAGAAAGAGAAAAUGAAGAAGUCUUCGGGAAGCGCAGCUGACAAGAAGAGGGUGCGACGGUCCUCCGCCCUAGAUCCCACCUCCGACGCCCCUCCAAGGAAACAAGCUGUCAAGAAAGAUGUGUUCCGGGUGUUUGCUGAGAAGGUUAGAGACCAUAAAGAAUUGGUUUCAAGAUGGGCUGUUCUACAGGAGACGCGUGUUGAGUAUUUUAGAGGGAAGGAUUUCGUGAGCUUCUUAAAAAGCCAUCCGGAGCUCAAAGAUGUUCUAGAAUUAGAUAGGAUUUUGGAAACAGAGGAGAUUGCCAACAUUCUACUUGCAAAAAAUCUUUUAGUGCGCUGUGAUCGUGUUGUAAAAACUGUUCGUCCUGGGAAGAAAAAGCUGUCUACCUGGCCUGCACAUUUAGAAAUUUUCCCUGAACAAGUAUUUUCUGAAAAUGAUGCUUUUUUUGCAUGGACGUUUGUAAAACGCCAUCCACUCUGGCAGACACUCCUCUCAUUCUUCUGGCCUGUGUUAACGUUGGCUAUUUGCUUAUUUCCUGUGUACCCUCAUCGCUGCAAGCUAUUGAUACUUUACUCAUGCGCUGGGAUCCUUUUCCUCAUUCUCUCUCUACUUUUGAUAAGAGGUACAAUAUUUGGUGCUUUAUAUAUUGUACUUGGAAAGCGAAUCUGGUUUUUCCCCAACAUCCUUGCCGAGGAAGCAACUCUGCGGGAGUUGUUCAGAUUUUGGCCUAAGAAAGAUGAAGAGGAAAAGCCGAAGUGGACAACAAGGAUUUUCUAUGCUGGAGUAGCUGUGCUGUUCAUAUUACUGCUGAGGCAUCAUGCACCCGAUGAAGCUGCCAGAGCAAGGUACCAGAAGAGGGUAUCUAACAUCAUUGAUGAUGUUCUUGAAUGGUCUCCGACUUUAGCCUUGUCUGGGAGGAUGGAAAAGCAACAAAAUGUGGCUAAUGCCACAGGGUCCGCCGAUGCAAGCAAAAACGGACCGGAGGAUGCAGUUCCAGCUGACGGCGAUGAUGCAAAAGCUUUUGUGGAACAAUAUAAUAAUACUGAAGAAGUCAUAGAGGAUGUGGAUGAUGAUAAACAGCAUGAUUAAAGGUGUUAUCAUAUACCUAAAUGAAAUAUAUGUAGUGACUAGAUCACAAUUUUCCUUUUGAGUGUAAAAGUACCAUGUAUGAAACAAUAACAGUAAAAAUGGUUCCUUCGCCUUCAAAUCGAUGCCCUUGAAGGAUUAUGUUUUUCU